UGUGUAACAAAAACAUGAACCUUGGCACUCUGGACUUUUUGAUGUGUGAAAAUGUCCUCAGAUGUAUGAUAAGUAGAGGAGAAAUUGAUUGAUGAGAUCAUCAGGGAAGUGAUUGAUGAGGUGAUCAGGGAAGUGACUGAUGAUUGACGAGGAGAUCAGGGAAGUGAUUGAUGAUUGAUGAGGUGAUCAGGGAAGUGAUUGAUGAGGAGAUCAGGGAAGUGACUGAUGAUUGACGUGGAGAUCAGGGAAGUGAUUGAUGAUUGAUGGGAUCAGGGAAGUGAUUGAUUAGAUGAUGAGAUCAGGGAAGUGAUUGUUGAGGAGAUCAGGGAAGUGAUUGAUGAUUGAUGGGAUCAGGGAAGUGAUUGAUGAUUGAUGGGAUCAGGGAAGUGAUUGAUUAGAUGAUGAGAUCAGGGAAGUGAUUGUUGAGGAGAUCAGGGAAGUGUCUGAUAAUUUAGAUGAGAUAAGUGAAGUGAGUUCAGGGAGGUCAAUAGGUGUGAAGGAUUCCACGCAGACACUUGACUGUGUGAGUGUGAAUGUGUUGGAGCCAGUCGUGACUGUGGGAAUGGGAUAGUGUUGGAGCCAGUCGUGACUGUGGGAAUGGGAUAGUGAUGGUGUUGGUUUGGCUUCAGCUGAUGUGUUUCUCUUUCAGGGAUGAGAUGGAGAAGAUGAAGAUCCCCAAAGACAUGGAGGACGCUAAGGCCCUGGGGACCGUGCUGUCCAAAUACAAGGACACAUACUAUUCCCAGGUGCUGCUGGCCUACUUCACCACAUACGUGUUCCUCCAGACCUUUGCCAUCCCAGGCUCCAUCUUCCUCAGCAUCCUGUCGGGGUACCUGUACCCCUUUCCUCUGGCGCUGUUUCUCGUGUGCCUGUGUUCAGGUCUAGGUGCUUCCUUCUGUUACCUGCUGUCUUACCUGGUGGGUCGUCCAGUGGUGCACAGGUACCUGACGGAGCGAGUCCAGAAGUGGUCCCAGCAGGUUGACGGGCACAGAGAGCAUCUUAUCAAUUACAUCAUCUUCCUGCGCAUCACGCCCUUCCUGCCAAACUGGUUCAUCAACAUCACCUCGCCAGUCAUCAACGUGCCGCUCGGCGUCUUCUUCCUAGGCACCUUCCUGGGUGUGGCUCCUCCGUCGUUCGUGGCGAUAAAGGCGGGGACGACGCUGUACGCGCUGACGACGGCGGGCGAGGCGGUCAGCUGGAGCUCUCUGGCCGUGCUGGGGCUGCUGGCGCUGCUCUCGCUGCUGCCCGUGGCCUUCCAGAGCCGCCUCAAGACCAAGCUCCAAUAGGCACAGCCAGCUCAGAUCAGCUCAGGAAUGGUGCAGGCCGCUGUCACUCGUACACUCACCUUUAGCCCCGCCUCUUCCUAUCCCUCCCCGCGGAUGUUCUGCUUGGCCUCCUGAUGACUCAGUAAAUUACGACCUGUUUCUUCAGACAUGGGCUUCAUUUUGGCCUCCAUGAGCUUCCGUCUCAUACACUCUAAACGGUCACUUCAGAUGGCUGUUAAGUCUGAUAUCUCACUACUGGUCUCUGCUCUCUCCUCUCUCACUACUGCUCUCUGCUCUCUCACCACUGGUCUCUCCUCUCUCACCACCAGUUCCUGAUAUCAGUCGAAUGGUCUCCAACCUCUCACGACUGGUCUCUGGAUGUGCCAUAGCAGGAGCCCACACCUCUUCUGUUGCCCUCACCUGCCAGGCCGACAGACCAGCGCAGACCACUGCUGACUGCAGACCACUGCUGCCUGAACUUUGCUGGUGCUGAGACACUGCUCCUCUGUGACUGUCAGCUGGUCUCUGUUAGUGCCCCAUUAGCUGGUCUCUGUUAGUGCCCC